CGGAUCAGUACCCCUCCUUCGACCCGAGUCGGCCGCCGUCCCCUCGUGCUCCACUCGGCAGACUCCGAUCCAGACAGCUGCUGCUUGCCCGAACGCUCUCGAGCGGAUCCACCCGCCGCCGGCGACCAUGGAGGAGGAACUGCGCGCGCUGCUCGCCGACCUGGACGCACUCAAGCAGCGCCCCGACCUCGCCGCUAUCGAUCGGAUGCGAGAUCGAGUGGUGGGGAUGAUGAGCCCGGAUAGCGCUGCUACCGCCGUCGCUACUCGAUCCAAGAUCAAGGACAUGAGCGCGGAGGUGGUGGACAGCAACCCCUACAGCAGGCUCAUGGCGCUGCAGAGGAUGGGGAUUGUCGACAACUACGAGCUCAUCCGUGACUACUCUAUCGCCAUCGUGGGUAUAGGUGGAGUCGGUAGUGUCGCUGCAGAGAUGCUCACUCGAUGUGGAAUUGGACGCCUCUUGUUAUAUGACUAUGACACUGUGGAGUUGGCUAACAUGAAUAGGCUGUUCUUCCGCCCAGAACAGGUCGGAAUGACAAAAACUGAUGCCGCUGUGCAGACACUUUCUGGAAUAAAUCCCGAUGUUGUGUUGGAGAGCUACUCAUUGAAUAUUACUACAGUGAAAGGAUUUGAAGUUUUUUUAGGAAGUCUCACAGCCAGGAGCUCUCAUGGGCGUAGCACUGGAGUUGAUCUUGUUUUGAGCUGUGUUGAUAACUACGAAGCUCGUAUGGUUGUCAACCAGGCUUGCAAUGAGCUUCGCCAGACGUGGAUGGAAUCUGGUGUCUCUGAAGACGCUGUUUCCGGUCAUAUACAACUGCUGAUUCCUGGUGAAACUGCAUGCUUUGCAUGUGCUCCUCCACUGGUUGUAGCUUCUGGAGUGGAUGAGCGUACACUUAAGAGAGAUGGUGUUUGUGCUGCCUCUUUGCCAACUACAAUGGGUGUUGUUGCUGGCCUCUUGGUACAGAAUGCUCUGAAAUAUCUGUUGAAGUUUGGACAAGUUUCCCCUUACUUGGGAUAUAAUUCACUUAAGGAUUAUUUCCCAACAAUGGAAAUGAGACCAAAUCCACAGUGUUCAAAUCCAGCAUGUCUUGAGAGACAGAAAGAAUAUAUGAAAUCAAAACCUGAGAGAGAUGCAGCAGCAAAGGCUAAGAUGGAAGCUGAAUCAUCCGCAGCAAUUGAAUACCCGGUUCACAUAGAUAACGAGUGGAACAUUAGUGUUGUUGAUGAUAGUGACACAGCGUCAUCAAGCAUUCAGAGGAGUGCAGUAGACAGCCUUCCAGAAGGCCUUGUGCGUGAACUUCCAAGUGAAGAUUCGUACCUAGAGCCACCUGCAUCAGCUACCUCUGCUCCUAUCGAUGAUGAUCUUGAGGAGCUCCAGCGGCAACUUGAUGCCCUAAACUCAUCUUAACCUUGGCGUAAAUCUGGCUCACCGGCUUGGGUUCUCCCGAGUGGAAACACUGGAUUGGAAAACCAAACCAGAUACCAUUGUUUGUGUUUGUUCUGACAGAGUUCGCAAUUUUACUUGAUAUAGCAUCUACUCAUUCGAAUCGGGCAGAGAAAUGUUAAUUGUACUGUUCAGUGGUGCAAUUUUGAUGAGGUGAUAUAGAUUUUAAGAGGCAUCAUUAACUUUGUGAACACAGCAUCUUUUAUUGCUGAUUAGAGUUUGCCAGGACCUGACUCGUGCUUACUGUAAAGAGCGAAAUGCGUCAGUUAUACGACUACUGUUUGUCUCAGAUUUAGGACAACUUUAUAUCAAGUUAGUACAAAAUUUGAGACCUUAUUAUA